GGUUUUCUCAUACCUGGAUACAGAAGCCGUUAGAGAAACACUGUUUUUCUCACUGAUGCAUAAGGACAGAUAAUUACACUUGCUGUGCGACCGUGGUUUCUCGGAAAGCUCUGUAUUAUUCGAACAGCUUGGGUGGAUCACUCUAUAUGGAAAUAUAGAGCAUUCACUCUAUAUAUAGCCUCCCAGCUCUGUCUCUGUGCCAGUCUGGCAUAGCUCCUGAUCUAGAGUCAUCUUAAGAGCAAGUCCUAGCAUUAGCAGACCCUGAGAGAGCCAUGUGCAGCCCAAUGCCAGAGCCUAUUUGUUUGGUGGAAAAUGUGAAUGGCUCACUAAGUGUGAGUGACGGAGCCAUUGAGUUCCUGUCCAGGAAUAAUCAGCCGGUGGUGGUGGUGUCUGUGGUGGGACUCUAUCGCACAGGAAAGUCUUACCUCAUGAAUCGCCUGGCAGGAAAACAAACUGGCUUUGCUCUGGGCAGCACCAUUGAGUCGAAGACUAAAGGUAUUUGGAUGUGGUGUGUGCCACACCCCCAUAAAACAGGACACACUCUGGUGCUGCUGGACACUGAGGGACUGGGGGACGUUGACAAGGGAGACUCUAAAAACGACGCCUGGAUCUUCUGUCUGGCUGUUCUUCUGAGUAGCACUCUGGUCUACAACAGCCGUGGAACCAUCGACAACACAGCAGUGGAAAAACUACACUAUGUCACUGAGCUUGCAGAGCAGAUUAAGAUCAAAUCACCUGCAUCCACAGCAGCUGAGGCUGAAGAGGAGGAAGAGGAGGAAGAAGACUCUCAGUUUGUGCAAUUUUUUCCUAACUUUAUCUGGACGGUCCGUGAUUUUUCACUGGAGCUGGUGAUUGAGAAAAAGGGUCGCGUGACCGAGGAUGAGUAUCUGGAUUUUGCCCUGCAGCUGAAGAAAGGUCUUAGUAAGAAGGACACCAACUACAAUCUUCCAAGGCAGUGUAUUCGAAACUAUUUUCCAACACGCAAGUGCUUUGUUUUCCCGUUUCCUGCCUCCCAGGACAAAAUGGUUCAGCUCGAGAGCCUGGAUGAGAGUGAACUUUGGCCUGAUUUUCUGAAUGUCACACAGUGUUUCUGUGACUACGUCUUUGCUGCAAGCAAAGUUAAAACAGUUAAAGGAGGAUACAGAGUCACAGGGAGGAUGUUUGGUCACUUAGUGCAGUCGUAUGUGGAAACAAUCUCUAGUGGGAAAGUCCCUUGUCUGGAGAAUGCUGUGGUUGCUAUGGCAAGGAUAGAAAACAAGGCAGCUGUGCAGGAAGGGCUUAAGCUGUACCAGAGUGAAAUGGAACGGAUGAAGAGUUUGUUUCCUGUCAGUUUGAGUACAAUUUCUGCUGAACACAAGAAGAUCAGCAACAUGGCCAACAGUGAGUUUAUGAAGUGCUCCUUUAAAGAUGAAGAAGGAGAAUAUUUCAAGAAACUGGUGGAAGCAGUAGAUAAGCACUAUGCUGAACUAACUGUUCAGAACAUGGAGGCAUCAGAACAGAAGUGCCAGCAGAUUCUGUCUGAUCUAUGCAGGGAGAUGAGUGUGAGGGUGCAGAAUGGAGACUUUGCAAAGCCUGGAGGAUAUAAACUUUACUGCAAACACAGAGACAAUGUCAUCAUGCAGUACCACAGCCAGCCCAACAAGGGAAUCCAGGCUGAGGAGGUGUUGGAGAGGUUUGUGAGUGAGAAGAAUUUGGAGGCAAAAUUAAUUCUCCAGACUGAUGAACGACUGUCUGAAAGUGAGAAAAAGAUUCAAGAGGAGAAAGAACAAGCAGCUCUGUUAGAGCUGCAGUGUAAAGUAGAACAGGAGAGAAAGAUGGAGAUGGAGCAACUGAUGCGGGAGGAAAAAGUGCACCAUGAGCAACGGCUACAGCAGCUGGAGAGGAAGUUUGAGGAGGAGAAGCUUCAGCAGCAGCAGGAGCUGGACAGAGCGCUGGAGAGCAAACUGAAUGAACAGAAAGAACUUGUACAGAAAGAGUUUGAUGAGAAAGCCCAGCUGAUGGGCCUUGAGAUUGAGCAACUUAAAAAAGAAAAAGAUGAACUUUCUCACAGUUUUUAUAAGGAUUAUUUAAUUCCAGGUAUGGAUGUUGCUAAAGAAUUGUUGUCUAUGUACAUCAAGUAUAAAGCGAUGAAGAAAGGGUUACCCUUGAUGUAAGAAAAUCAGGACUGUCAUUCUGUAAUAGAGAACACUGUCUAAAAUUAAGCAACAUUAAUAUGUUUACAAAUAUACAUCUAUAUAUGUACAUUUUCAAUAUAUUUUAAGUGUACUGUUAUAUACUGUAUACUGUAAUAAAUUUAAUGAUGUAUAUGCUACAGAAAAUAUCAUAUUCCUGCUGCUUAAAAUAGGGGAUUCUCACUCUGAAAUUCUUAAUUCCUGCUUCUUAAUUAAAAUGACAAUUGAAGAAAAAGAAAAUAAUAUACACUACAAAAUUGUGUUUACUUAUAAAUGGACAGAAAACAGAAUGGUUUGCUUUUC